GUUAGGAGGAUGGGGAGCCGGAGAAAUUCACCGCCUUCUCUCUCUUGCCCUCCUCCCUCCCUCCCUUCCAGGUGGCUCUGGGAUUAUGCUGAGCCCCGCCCAUGGAGACCCACGUGGACCUUCCGGUGCUGGAGACACAUGAUGGACCAGGGGCAGGGGCUACAGUGGGCAGCCCUGAGGAUGCUGGCUGGGCUGGGGGACCGUUCCCUGGGGGCUUCCGGGCUUCCCUGGCGGGCGUGCUGCUUCUGGAGCUGGCACUGGGUCUGGGCUGCAACGCUGCUGCCCUGCUACUGCACCGGGCCCGAGCCGGCCCCCGGGCCUCCGCCAGCGCUCGCCUCACCCUCAGCCUUCACGUGCUGGACACGCUCAUCUGCGCGCUUUGUGUCCCGCUCAGUGUAGCCGUACUCCUGCUGCCCACGACGGCGCCUCGCGUUCCGGCCUCGGCGCGCCCCGCAAAUCUGCUCUGCCGGUUCCAUGAGGCCGGAGUCACCUUCAGCGGAGUGGCCACAGCCGCUGGCGUCCUCGCUGUGAGUCUGGACCGCUAUGACAUGUCUGCGCGGCCCGCGCGCCGCCGUCUCACACCAGCGCGCGCGCUGUUGCUCCUGGCCGUCGCUUGGCUCCUCUCCCUGGCAGCCUUUUUCUUGCCCUUUGUGGAGGCCGGGUUCGCCCCGGGGGCGUGGGAUGAGGCCUCGGGUGCUGACAACCGUACAGGCGUGUCCUGUGUAGGUACAGGAGGAGGUUGGGGCGUGGCGGGCCGAGGGGCGCCUGCUGGCAGGGGCCACCUGUUGGUGCAGAUCCCUGCCUUCGUGGCUGCUCUCGUGGGGCUGCUGGUGACCUACGCGCGUGUCCUCCAUGCACUGAGCGCGGGCCUCGGUGCAAGAGCUAGUCGGCGGCGGAGAAGGGGGAAGCGGCGAGGGCACAGCUGUGGCUCUGGGGCCGGGGCUGGAGAGGCCCGGGGACUGAGUCCGAUGCCGCCGCGGGCCGCGCCUGCCCCGGGUCCCGCGCCCCCACCGCCAGCCCUGCAAACUUCAGUGUCUGUAAUUCUCGCGCUGCGCAGAGCGGUGCGCAGGCACCGCGACCGGCGGGCUCGGAGGCGUCGGGUUUUGCGCCGGUCGCUGCUCAUCGUCAGUUCUUUUGUGGGAUGCUGGGCUCCGCUGUCUGUGGGCAAUCUGCUUCUUUUGUGCAUGGGCCCCAGCGAGCGGCUGGCCCGCCUGCGACUCUGCUGCCUGGCGGCUGCCUACGGUACCACGGUGCUGCACCCGCUCCUCUACGCCUUCCCUCGCCGCACGCUGAGUCGGGCACUCCGAAACCAAGCCCGGAGGCACACCGUGUGCGCCUUGCGACCCGAACCACCUGCCCCAGCUGCUGCUAUUGUGCGGAAUUCCUGGCUAGGAAUGCGCAAGGGCUCCGGGGAGGCGGAGGAAGCCGGGGACCGUGGUUUGGGCUUGGGAGAGCAACCGCCCGACUGA